AUGACGUCAUUGUCCACAGCUCGAGACCGAUAUAAUGCCGCAAAUUCGCUGCUGUGCCUUCUACAAGCAUUGGAAGGACGGGUAACCGUAAUUGAACUGCAGAAUGAAAUAGCGGUCAAAGGCCUCAUCUCUCAGGUUGAUGGAUUCAUGAAUGUAUCCUUGCAUGAUGCUACAGUCCAGGGGAAUGAUGAUAUGCAUUACCAUUUUGAAGAGUUCUUUGUCAAGGCAAGGAACAUCAGAUAUGUCCAAAUUCCAGAAGAUAUUGAUAUCACAGAGGCCAUAAAGAAUCAAAUUGAAGGCAAACCCAAACCUAAUAAGACAGACAUGAGUGACACAACAAAAGCCAAACUGGCCAGGAAAAGACAGAAAGAAACAUUGAAGUUCAUUCAGCAACAGCAACAAGCUGAAGCAAAAGAAAGUGAACCUCAGCCUCCUGGGACAUCACAAGACUAAUGAUUGAAUAUCUAACUCUGAAAUACAAUGUUGCCUUAAUUA